CAGCACACGGACACCCAUGGAAUGGCUUUACUGAGGAAAGACCAACGCGUUCUUGAAAUACAGAUUAUUAAUUGGAUAGUAGUUUACUGAAAGUAGUCUGUAAAUCAUAAAAUAACUCUUGGAGUGGAGGUCCAGACACUUCUCUUGUUAUAUGACGGCUAAGUCGCUAACUAGCUAAUUUAGCUAGCGUUAACAUGUCCGUUGUUUUUGUCCCGAAGAGACAACGCGGAAAAGCUCAAAUAAAUCAAGAAACUAUACAGAGACUCCUGGACGAAAAUGAGCAGCUUGUAAGAUGUAUAACGGAAUAUAUGCAAAAAGGCAGAGCGACCGAAUGCGUACAGUACCAGCAGAUCCUUCACAGAAACAUCGUUUAUUUAGGAACCAUAGCUGAUGCCAGUUCGGAUUUGCCUUCCACCACGACCACUCUGUGUGAAGAGCCAUCUGUGAGUAGAGCCGGUGAUGUGUAAAAGCCCUGAAUCCAAAACAGCUGAUGAGUGAACCUGAAGCCUUACCUCACCUAGCACCAUUUGUAUUGUACUUUUCAUGUCAGUUAUUUGUUCUGAUAAAUUGUAGUUAAGUGAACUAGUUUUUUUUCUUCUGCUUUUACUUCAACCUCCUUGCUCAUAAAAAUUCAUUGCAUGAAGGAUUUCUUCACUUAUGAGUCCAAAAUGAGGACUGUCCAGUGGAAAUGUAUUACUGGUAAGAUCACUUCAACCAAAAGACGUGACCGUCCAGCAGAAGUGGGAAUCUGUCCUUUGUGAAAUAAAUCCUGAUGUGUUAAACAGCAGAGAGGCCUUAAAGGAGAGCACAGAAACAGUUUUUUUCUGUUACGUUUAUUUAUUUUUUUGCAUUGCUGGUACACUUGGGAAAGAUUCAGUUGCCAGCUCUAGUGAACAAUAAGCAACAUAAGCUAAGCCAUCCCCCAUCAUGUUAUCGAUCGGUGUGACGUCUUCCGUUUUAUGUCAUACUUGUUCAUUAUUUAUUUUAGAAGCCACUAGUAAACCAUUUUUGACACAGCUGUGAAAUGCUAAUGUUUACAGUCCAAGGUCAUUGAAGAUGUCUUUAAAAGGCUGCAACAGUUUGGGAGAGAACACAGACAAAGCAACAACCCCUACAUUUUGAUUGUGCAAAGCACAGAACUAUAAAAAGAUAUAUAUUUAUAUACAGCAAACGAUUCUCUGUAAACAUGGUAAGUAUGUUAGUUUUCAGAAAACAUGGUCAUAUCAUAAAUACAGGCAACAUUGGCAUCCGCAAACAUCACAAAAAAGUUAAUCUGGGCAGUUUAAAUACAGCCCACAGCCAUAGAAACCGAAGACGUACGGGCUCGAGAAAAACACACCCUCACACACCCCAAUCUUAUAACGCAUUUUAGUGUUUGUAAUGGUGCAUUUGGUAACCUUUGUAGAUAUAAUGUAAUAUUUCAACUCUGUAGAAAAGAAAAAUGUGCUUUUCACAUCUUGGGAAAAUAAUGUUUUACUUAAUAUGCCUAUAUUAUGUUAACAUAUACAGUAAUGGUAUAACAUGUAAGAAAAUACAAAAAUAAGAUUAAUACUGUCAAUAUUUGUACAAGAAAUAUAAUUAUUUUAAAUGAACAAAUGUUAUGUUUUAAUUUUAAUGUUAGUGUCAUUCGGAAGAAAAACCAAUCCAGAGGGGGAAAGAACUCUUGAGCGUUCGCUUUCCCAGCGUCAUUUACAGCAGGGCGUUCCCGUACUUUAAAGGGUACUACAACUCCCAGAAUCCUCUCUGACAUUGAGCACUAUUCACCCUAUGAACAACGCUUUUGUUGGAGGAAAAGAAAAAUGCAAGUGCUAUUAAUAUCAACAUGGCACAUAGAUUACUUACUCCUACUUACUUUUUUUUAAACUUCGUCAGAUGUUGAAAAAGUAGUGUAUUUCUUUUCAAAUUACACAUCUGCUAUGAUUAUUAAAUUACACGUAUUAUGAUUCUUAUAUUUCUGCUGAGCCUGCUCAAAGCUUCCUCAUAAAAAGAAGUAAAUUAUAUAAUUUUUUUUCUGAGUCAUUUACAAGCUAUAGAACAGUAGCUAGGAGGUGUAGUCUAUGUGAUCUGAUGAGAUUUGGCAGUUACAGCUUUUUGUCAACACAGUAUCGUGAUGGGUAGCGUCCCGUUGGCCGUCUGAGACCCGCGAGCGAUAGGAUGACAGCCGUGCAUGUCACGCGAAUGACUCUCGGGUAACACGGUCAGCUAAAUCGCCCGUCUUCCGUAGCCUGACCGCAACGACCAAGUAUUAAACUUGGGACCAAUUCUACAAUCCGUUGCAAGUUGAAACCGACCCCCCCCCCCCUCUUUUUUUUCUUUUCUGGAACUUGGCAGAGCUAGUGGAGAAGGCUGGAGUGAGCAGAGUUGGGUGAGGAGGGGCUGGCGCGACCAGCUCACUAGCCGCAGGAAGCAGGAAUCAUGCACUAGAACAG